AUGGCUCGACACAGCAUUGGUCCAUGGGCGCUGUGCCGAGCAUACCUCUUGAUAAGCAUACUACUACAAUCGAUUCAAGUCCACAAGGGCUUAUUGCCCGCCUAUGCUGAAACAGUCGACAACUCCUCCCUGAACCCCACCAGCAAAAUCGGCACUCCACCGCAUGAGGCCCUUACAAACACCGCCAUACCAGCCGACACACCCUCCGAUCGGAACUCCGCUCCACCAGAAAAUGGCGACUUGCAUUACAGAGAGCCGCAGCUGGGCCCCAUCUACCACAACGUCUCCGGUUUCGCCAUCAAAAAUGUCGAAAUCUGCAAAUCUCGUCCCUUCGCCCUCACUCAGGAGAAUUACCUCCUCAGCGGGGCCGAUGAGUGGCUUCGGGAUUUUACAAUGAAGAACCAGCACCGCAAGUACAUGCAAAAGCACGGCGUCAUCUCCACCAUCGCGUAUGAUUUCCUAGGUGACAUGAACUUCAAGUGUGCCAUCGGGUUCCAGCAUCUGUGCAGUGUGCAGUGCUUGAUGGUUGUGGCGCAUGUUGAGGAUUUGAGGCAGGCAAGGCAGGUCUACUUCGUGUUGGCUUCUGCAUCGCACUUCAUCUCGGCGUUGACUGUCGUUCAUGUAUGCUUUCCUCCUCCUGGUUGAUUGAUAUUUGGUAGCUGAGCGAGGCGGCAACUGACCUCGAUUUGCAAAUAUAGGACGCUUUGGUAGCGGCACAAUCCUCCAGCGGUCUUCUAUCUGGGAAAAUGGCAACGACUUUCUACUUCACCGAGCUAAGCGCCGACGAAGAAGUCCGAGCCCGAGCUUACAAACUGUUGAUAGAAGGCGCGGCAUGGGCAGCGCAAUUAGCCCUGAAUCAAAUCAUUCCAAUGAUUCCAUGGUCAAUAAUCUCCGAAUUCGUGUCGGAAAAGAUGAAAGCUUUGGCUUUGAAGAAGGGAAAAGUUCCAGCGGGUGAAGGUGACGAAUCCAUCAUUUAUGCUCCGUUCGACCUUGCCGGGUACUAUAGCUCAGGAGAGCACGCAGCCGCCAACGCGAAGAAAGUUUCUGAAAUCUUCGCGGAGGAAGGCUUGAGAGAGGUCUUCGUGGAACAUGGCAUUAGCCCCGCUGACGUUUUAUACUAUACCGACGGCUCCAAGCCGAUUGUGCCUGACCGUCUUUGGCAGAUUGUACGGCAUCUUGCCGAGACGCCACAGGACAGGGUGGCCGAGCAGGAGCCCGAUCCACAAGAGCACAAGGGGGGUUGGUUCUCCUGGCCACGCGGCCUUUCAGGGACUAUGAAGGAAUACAGAAAGUGGGAGAGGCAGAAGAAGGAUCGGUUGUGGAUUGAGAUGAUGAGUGUUAAACCGCUCGAGAUUGGUGUUCCCGAUCAUUAUCGUUUCGGGUUGGACGGGACGGUGAACUCAAAUAUCAAAGAGACACAGGCUCCCCCGCAGAUUCCGAAGAUCGAAAUGCCACGGCCCCCCCGGAAGAAUCCCAAGAGCAAAAAGCACUCCUGGGCAUUUGGGUUUUUCAAGAAGGCCUUUGGUAAGCCUUAGCCUUCCUUUCCCGCCCCCAGAAGAGCGGGACAUUCCCUCAAAUAGCUCAACUAAUAUGAACACUGCAGACGCCAGUAGUUGGGGGUUUAUGUGGAGCUGUUUCAAAGACGUGUCCUCCGCCCGGUCGCGCAUGGCUAGAUAUCCGAGCUGGAUUAAACGCGCCUCGCAGCAGCCCCCUAUGAUCGGCGGGGUCACUAGCACCGGAUCUUGUGACGAUGAAACGGGCCCGGCCCUUAUCGAUGCUCCAAACGUAGUCCAGAAGGACCCCGACCAGCUGACCCCCGAAGCGAACAAGGGAGGCCCCUCGGACGCGCCGGCAAGACCAAUUAUCCCCAUCCGUCCGUUCAGUUACAAAGAAUACGCGGAAGAGAGAGAUUCUAGGAACCGUGCAGAUGCGUUGAAAUGGUGGCAAGGAUGGAGGAAAAAGUGGAAACUAUGGGAUGGGAAGACGGACCGGGAGGGGAAACGGAGAGAUGAAUUAAAGGAAAAAGAGGAAAAAGAGAAAAUAGAGGAAGAUAGGAAGAAAAUAGAAGAAAGGAAAGGAAUAGAAAGGAAACUAAUAGAAUGGAAAAAAAUAGGAGAGGAGGAAAUAAAGAAAGCGAAAGAAAUAAGAGAGAAGAGAAUAAAGAAAGGGAAAGAAAGGGAAAGAGACAAGGACCUAAGCGGGUGGGAAAUAUUACAGGCAGAGAACGAAAGAAAGUGGAGAGAAACAAUAUGGGAAGAGGAGGAAGAGGAGGAAGAGGGGGAAGCGGCGGAAGUCAAAGAAGUCAAAGAAGUCAAAGAAGUCAAAGAAGUCAAAGAAGCCAAAGAAGCCAAAGAAGCCAAAGAAGCCAAAGAAGCCAAAGAAGCCAAAGAAUCCAAAGAAGCCAAAGAAGUCAAAGAAGUCAAAGAAGUCAAAGAAGUCAAAGAAGUCAAAGAAGGCAAAGAAGGCAAAGAAGGCAAAGAAGGCAAAGAAGGCAAAGAAGGCAAAGAAGGCAAAGAAGUACAAGAAGUCCAAGAAGCGCAAGAAGUGCAGGAAGUGCAGGAAGUGCAGGAAGUGCAAGAAGUGCAAGAGGGAAAAUCGCAAAUAGGUCAGGACUCCGAGCCUAGGAUAAAACCUCUGGGGCCAGUUGAAAAAGUCCCCUACUACAGAGAUACCGGCACCGCCUUCAAUGACUUUAAGUUGGACAUAACGGCCCUCCUCCAUCCCGUCCUCGACACAGACUUUGAAUCCGAAGAAAGCAGAAGGAGAAGGCUGAGCUGGCAAGAGAAACUCAUCAGGACUGAGGGAAUGUUGCGCAAGUUCUACCCGGCCUGGAAAGCUGCUAGUGUCGAUACCAUGGUCAAAAUGACGUUUUCCUCAUGGCAGGCGAAUGAUGCCAGCAAGGAACAGAACGAAAUGAGCUUGCGUUAUGUGAUCCAACAGUCUUCGGCGUUCGCCCGCAAGGGGCUGAAGGAGACGGCUAAUAGGGUUUUCGGUCCACCUGAUCUUGGUUCGAAUGGUAUUUGCGGUCAUCAUGUAUCACUCGGUAAUUGUGCUAAUUUUUAUAUAGGCGAUAGUGAUAUUGCUGACCUGAUGGCUGCGGGAAGUCUACUUCCCGUAGGCGACGGGUCAAUGUCGAUGUGGACCAGUGCCGAAGUUGAAAAGCGAGUUCAUGCCCUCCUCCCUCCCUUUCCCUCUCAUCCGCUUUACAAACUACUAACGGUCCUAUAGAUUGAUAACCAAGACUGUCAACUCGAGAGCUAUAAACGCCGCCCUCAAGUCUCAGAAGAUCUAUGUGUCCUGCACCCAGGACUUACUCCACUUCAAAGCCAAAAACUCCCCUGGAACCCAGGUUGGGAAAUGCGAACUGGAUAACUCGGGGCCCCAAAAUCUAAAGGCCUGUAUCGGGAACGUAGCCUGCUACAUCUACCGCUGGAACGACCGUCCUUUGAUCAUUGGCCAUCACAACGAGGAGCCCUUCGGCCUAGACAAGAUAUCGGAGCACCCCUGGGAGAUGAGCGUACAAGACAUUAUAACCUCCUCCUUCUUCUCUAAGAUGUAUGGAAUAGGAAACGCCCAGCUCGGCGACGAUAACGCGGAUUUUAUCAACUCUGACCCGAGUGCCAACUCCGCCCUCAGCCCCUCCGACCCCGGCGUCUUCACGGUGCCGGUGUGCCUCACCCCCAAAAAUUGGAACACCCAGAUAAAAGACUACUGGAUAGGAAAUGACGUCGACCCCUCCGCCUCAGUCAAGGCGCUCCCCUGCUACUGCGGCGACCUUGGCGCUGAGACGAGCCAAAUCUGGCACGACACAGGGCUCAUGCGCUCGAGGGCACAGCACACCUACACGCACACAAACUGCCCGAACCAAUUCAAGACGCGUCUAUCGGACUGGCUGGAGCGCUACGUGGCAAUGUGCAACUUGAACAUUCGCAAGGGCAAAUUCCGCUGGCAGAUCAAAACGGGCAAGCACCGCUUGUGUGACGUCGUCAUGCACGAACUGAAAAUGGAGGGAGUCCAGACCGUCACAGAAUUGGACAGGGAAGUACGCUAUGCCCUCAAGUGCAAGAUCAAGCGCAAGAAGAGCAAGGGGUGCAAGAAGUACUACCGCACACCCAUCUCCUCCGUCUGGGACGAAACGCGGCAAGCCGUACUCGACCGCGUGCAGGAGGAACUCCUCGAGAAGGGGCCUUCCGUGCCCACCGUGGAUGGCUUCACGCAGGAAGAGUUGCGCAAUUGGGAGUGGUGGCUCGAAGAAGCUGAGGGGGUGGAAGGGGAAUACAAGGAGAUGGACACGAUUCAGAGGGAGUAUUCUAUCGAUACGGGGAUCCCGCCGGGCAGUGACCCCGUCACCGCCGUUGGGAACCGCACGAGUGAUUCUCAUGACGGGGAGGGUGAGGGUGGCGUUAAGGCUGAGAGCGAGGGUAGGGAUGAAGACUCUGACCAUGACGAGCCCGACCUGGAUGAGGAACCCAAAUUGGAUGGGGACGAGGAGCAGAACGGCGAAGCCGGGAGUUGGGAUGAUGAUGGGUUUUACAAGUAUUCUGAUGGUCAUUUCGCUUGA